AGGCGAAUCCCGCGGCCGCCCCUAACGGCCGGUGCCGUAAAGCGCGGCGCGGGCUGCGCGACAGCCGCGAGGUCCCCGUGUGGAAGAUGGCGGCAGGGGAGGCGAAGUCGGUGCUGUUCGUGUGUCUGGGAAACAUCUGUCGCUCUCCAAUAGCUGAAGCAGUUUUUAGAAAACUCGUAACUGAUGAAAAAGUUGAACACAAGUGGAGGAUAGACAGUGCAGCAACAUCUACCUAUGAAAUAGGAAGCCCUCCUGACUAUCGAGGACAGAAUUGCAUGAAGAAGCAUGGCAUUCCCAUGAGUCAUAUUGCCAGGCAGGUUACUAAAGAGGAUUUCCAGACCUUUGAUUAUAUACUUUGCAUGGAUGAGAACAAUCUAAGAGAUCUGAACAGGAAAAGCAACCAAGUUAAAGACUGCAAGGCCAAAAUUGAGCUACUUGGAAGUUAUGAUCCACAGAAACAGCUUAUUAUUGAAGAUCCGUACUAUGGGAAUGAAAAGGACUUUGAAACUGUUUACGAGCAGUGUCUUAGAUGUUGUAAAGCAUUUCUGGAGAAACCUCAUUAAUGCUUCAUCAUUUAAUUUCUAAAAGAAAAUAAUUAGCUUUUCCUGAAAUAUGUAAAGUUGACUUGAUUGAUACAUUUAAAUUGUAAAAUUAUGCCUCUGUGUUCAAUACUUAUUCAGUUGAAUUUUGUAUUUUAGCUUUUCUGUCAUCUAAUGAAAAAAUAUAGAAAGGUUUUAAUUGGAUUACACGAUCAACCAUUUUGUCACUCAUCAGUGUAGUAAUAAAGUAUAUAAUUCAGGAUUAAUUUAUCUGUAAACCCUUCGGUGCUUUCUCACAAGCACUGCAAAACAUCUUGCUUCUUUAUGUGCUGUAUUAACUAAACUCAGGUCUUGUCAUUGUGUCCUUAGUGACUUAAUUUCAGUCAACUUUCAGUGGGAAUCUGAGAUAAUGGUUGAUGUGUAACUUGGAUGUGUCAGUAUCAUGAGGCAGCCUUUGAAUGGAAGGUGUUUCACAGGAAGCCUUCUAGACUCAAAGAACUGCUGCCUGACAGACAUUGCUCUUAGCACUAUUUGAAAGCUUAAGCAAGCAAAACCUCCUUGUGUGUCAUCAGGAUCCAGUGAAAAUAGCUUUUUCUGUCAGUUUAAAUCCUUAGUUAUUCAAAGAAGAAAUAAUUUUUGUUCCAGUUCACUUUUAUACUUUGAAGAUGAACAAAGUUCAGAAACUGAUUAGGACUUCUGGUCUUCCUUUGUUCUUCUGGGUGAUUCGUAGCACACUGACACAAGUACAUGAAACAUAGCAUUUACUUUGAUGACAAAACAUAUCAGCUUAAAAGCUGAAAUGUGAAAUCACAUUUUGUAUCUUAUAGUAGUAAAAUGCUCAAAUCCAUGCAAUGUAAUAGAUGAGAAAUUUGCUAUAAUUCCAGUUCCUACAUGAGGGUCAGACAGUAUUUACAGAUUUACUCAGGAGAACGGACAGCCUGUCAGAAGUGUUCUCUGAGAGCACAGUUCAACCCAAAUGGAGUUCAUCUGUACUAUAGUACAAAGUAAACCAAAGGCCAGUAAGUAGAUAGUUCUGCUCUUGGACAAGAUGCUUUGUAAAAAUCUGUACCUGCUUGUCUGAACAUCACCUUUCUUGUCUGCCUUAGAAAUGUAAAUGCACUGAGAUCAGUAAUGUAACUGGUACCAUGAUGAUUUUUCCUAUUUUGACUAGUAUCAGCAUUGGUAUGGACUAGCAUUACCACAUUAUCUGUAAAACUGGAUCUAUAAAAUUUGGUUUCAUAUUUA